AUGCAUAUAUGGUAUUUCACCAUAUACAUCAUGGUUAUAAUAUAUGUAUCAUUUAAUACAGUUUUGGGUACUUUUGCAUUCGAGUUAUAUCAUUAUAUACAACAACAACAACAACAACAAGAAGGACAAAGAACAGAACUGCGACACCCACUACAACAAGCACCACUUCAUUUUCAAUUGCAUAAGUCAUAUAAUCAAGAGUUGUCCAAGCCUAAUAUUAUUCAAGAUACUUUUACUCCAUAUGAAAAGGAAGAAAAUCUUGAGCAUCCCCUGCCGUUUAAAAUAAUUUUAAUUUCAUCAAUCUCAGAGCUAUCACUUCGACACUUUGUCAAACCCAAUCACAUUUACAAAUUAAUCAACAAUACGGGGGUUAUCAUCCACGCAUCAAAAUUAAGCCUCCCCCUAUCUCCACCACCAACACACCACACAAGUAACAACUGGAUAUUCAUCCAAUCGCCGUACCCACCCCACGUUUCCCAAAUCCAUUUCCCAAUAUCAAAGUGUCUCAACCAACAAUUUGGUGAUGGAGGCAGCAUCGAUGUUCAAUCAACUAUAUUUGCAUCAUUUAUAAAUACUUUGGAUUUAACAUUGGGAUUGAAUAUCUUGUUUGCUAGUGAAUCCUUUACUUUACAUUUUGAAUUGACUAAACUGAUUACAUGGAGAAAUUUAUAUACUUGUAUUGUACCUGAUGGAAUGAUUGGUCAGAUGUGGGCUAGAUCAGAUGUGGUUGAAUUUGAUGUUGUUAACUUGAGUUUUAUUGAAUUCAAAAAGGAUAAAAGUAGUGACAAUUAUGAAGAUGAAGGUGAUGAUGUGGUGGAAAUUUUGAAGAAGGGAGAUAGAUUGAAGAAGAAGUUAAGAGGGUCCAAGGAGAAUGGGGUUAGAAAUAAAUUACACUACAAAAAGAAUAAAAUCAAGGUGAAAUUGUGGCGAAAGUUGCAAAAAAUUAAAAUGUUUAAUGGGGGUGGUGGCAGUGGCGGAUUACAACGGCGACCAAUUAUUUCAUGUGUUACUGAUGUUAGAUUAUUGGAUUGUUCUGGGAAGAGGACUAGAGAUUCACAAGGAUUGGAGAUUAUUUAA